GCUGCAGGGCUGCAGAUGGAUGCAUCUCGCCUGGGGAAGGUUGAAAGGGAUUCUGGAGAGACAGGAGGGUUUGUUUCUUUGUUGACUUUUUAAAAUGUACUUAGUAGUACAUGAUUAGGUAGGAGAGUUUAAUUUUUAUUUGUUUUAUUUUAUUCUAGUCUGUAAACUAUGCUUGACCACACCCUCCACUACAGUAGGUGGCGGCAGAGGCACGGUUGUUUGCAGACCGCCAUGUCAUGUGAUCUACCAUUACAGAAAUCUUCUGGAAUAAAUAAACCGACAAGCUAGUUAACUCAAACAUCAUCAUUUGAAAAGAGGUUACGCUCAUUUAAGUUUAGCAAUAUAUGAAGUAUAAUGUCGUCAAGCCAUGUCAAAGUCGCGGUUGGUGCAGCCAAAGACUCAAGUUUUUUGGGAGGAAGGAUACCAUCAGAAAUCGAAAUCAUGGCUAAACAGCUGAAGGAUUUAGACCAAGAAAUGUUUAGAAAAAUACUGAAAGCGGUGGUGAGUGCUAUUGAGGGCAAGGACUGCAGAGAAUCAAUGAAGGCUAUCGCGGAAAAUGCUGCCCUCCCUGAAGAACGGUUGAGUUAUGUUGUGGCUGGAAUGUACAGACUCCUAAAAGAGGCAUUACGUAUCCCCACAUCAUCGUUAAAACAAGAGGUCUUCAAAGAAGAUCUAAGGGAACUAAGGAUACCUGAGGAAUUCAUCACAGACUUUGCAAGUGUGGUGUUUGGCAAUCGACGAACAGCACUGGAGGCAGUGGCUACACAGCAGGGGCCUCGAUUACCCUCCCUGAAGGAUUUUAGAUGGAGAGUGGAUGUGGCCAUAUCAACAAGCUCCCUAGCUCGUGCCUUGCAGCCCUCCAUUUUAAUGCAGAUGAAGCUCUCAGAUGGAAAGGCCCAUCGCUUUGAGGUUCCUGUUUGCAAGUUCCAAGAACUCCGAUACAACGUUGCGCUUAUUCUCAAAGAGAUGAACGAUCUGGAGAAGAGAAGCGUUUUGAAGAUCCAAGAUUAACCGUGCAUGUCAGUACGGUUAUUAGAAGAUGGUUUCAUCAGGCAAGGUUUUGCCAUAAAAAGGAUUUAUAUAAUUUUGACAUGUCAUACUGUAGAUAUUAAAUAUGAUCAUUUGUACCAAAA